GAUAACAUUUCGUGGAGAUUGGGAGCAAAGGGAGGUCUCGUUUUGGAGCGGGGGUGGAUCGCUACAGGAUACAGCGAAAAGGUCCAUGCAAGGCAGGAUCGCGGCGCAAGCAUUCAGUUUUGACCAGCCAUUUAAGCCCUAUCUGAAGGAUGAGUUUGUUAUGGCAUUUUUUAAUGAUCAAAAUGUGAACUCCAGUUUAAAGUUGCUCUCACCUUCAGGACAGUGGACUACUUUGGGUUCUAAAGUGAUAAAAAUUGAAGCUACAGAACUGCUCUGUACACAGAUUUCAAUGUCAUUUUUUGAUCGGCUAUACACCGAAGGAGUUGUUAGAGAAACUGGACAUAUUGUGAAAUGUUAUGAUGAAUAUUGUGAUGAUAUUCUCAUCGCUGAUGAAUUAAGGAAGGCCUUGCUUCUGGAAGAUUCAGACCAUUAUGACCUAUUCAGUCAGUCAGAUCGCAAGGAGUUUCUGUUUUGUCUUUUUAAGCAUCUUUGUCUUGGAGGAACUGUCUGUCAGUUUGAGGAUGUACUUGGCCCAUACUUAGAAACUACAAAAGCUUUAUAUAAAGACUUGGUAAGUGUUCAAAAGAAUCCAGGAACAAAAGAAAUAAGCAUUACUUCUACUGUCUUCAGAGUGUCUGCAUAUGAUGAGAAUGGCCUAUGUUAUCCUUCAAACAAAAGCCAUGAACAGACAUUUGCCUAUUUGAUUGUGGACCCUUUCAAACGACACGUCCAUACGUUGUAUCAUUGUUUUGGUGGAAGCUUCUUUGGAACCUAGUUUAUUAACCUGGUUGUUCCCAAAUUUUAUAAUAGAGGUGUUGCUCUUUCUGCAUGAAUUCAAGUAGAAGUCGCACGGUUUUCUUAGGAGGAAGCAUGUACUCCUUCAUUACACAACCUCUGAGUGGUUACAUGUUUUAUAUUGCUGUUACUGUGCGGUUAGCGAAAAAAAGUUUUGUAUAAUUUUUGACUAGUUUAUUUUUAGAGGAAUACUUUCUGAAGCUGUUUGCCCGAUAGUUGUGCCCCCUCUUCCCUCACCCGCGUUAUCUAAUAAACGGCAUUUCUCAACA